UAGGAAGGUUUUUGUGAUGGGAAGAAAAUUGGCGUGACAGCUGUUGAUCAGUGUGGGUUGUUUAUUUGCGUUAAUUCCUUCAUUGUUACGUUUGUAAUUUUUCGUUUAGGUGUGACAAACUAAGCUGUAUUCUUUAUUUGUGUCAGGAUGAACCCAACUCAGUGAACUUUGAAGCUUCUUCGGCGAUGUUAACCUGCAACUUAGCUUAGCUUGUUAGCUGCUAAGAAAAUACACCCGGAAGUUAUCAACAUAUCGCUACGCAAAAUGCUGAGCGUGUUGGUGAAUUUGCGACUAACUGCGGCUGUCGGAAAAAUAUGUGUAGUGUUAUAAAGAAAGAUAGCAGAGUACGAGGAGGAACUUUCUCCAACAAAACAGGAGAACUAGCGACAACGUCAACUGCUGGACGCUGUUUUCAAGAAGCAUCAAGUUGUGUUGCACAGAACAGACGUCUGUGAAGAACUUCUUCUUCCUGAGCAACAGGAGUGGACCUCCAGGAUGGAGCAGGAGAAACCACAGUCCCCUCACAUUAAAAAGGAAGAGGAGGAGUCACAUCUUACACCUAUUAAAGAGGAAGAUGAGGAAUUAAAGCCCGCCCUCUUUAACGAGGACGAUGAGGCUCGUUGUAUCAGUCAGAAUGGAGCACAUGUUGAAGGACUGGAGGAGGUUGAUGUCCCCAAGAUGCCAUUGACUGUUGUCAUUGUGAAGAGUGAAGAUGAUGAGGUCAAAAGUGAAAAUGAGGAGAAGAGAGAGGUGGAGCCUCCAAGCAGCAGCUCAACUCAACACAUGAUAACAGAAGAUGAUGAAGACCACUGUGGAGGAUCACAAGCAGACAAACUCUUAGCUCCACUAUCAGAUAGUGACGACACGACGUCACACUCUUCUGACACUGAUGAUGAAGACUUUGAAGCUGAUACAACAUGUCACACUGACAACACACACUUUGAAUGUUCUCACUGUGGCAAAACCUUUAAUCACCGUCGUUAUAUGAAAACACACAUGAGAAUACACACUGGUGAAAAACCUUUUUCCUGCUCAAGCUGUGGUAAAUGUUUUACACAGAAUGGUGAUUUGAAAAAACACAUGAGAAUACACACUGGAGAAAGGCCUAUUAUCUGUUCAAUCUGUGGUAAAGGUUUUGUACGAAAUAUUGAUUUGAAAACACACAUGAGAACACACACUGGAGAAAAACCUUUUAUCUGUUCAAUCUGUGGUAAAGGUUUUACACAAAAUAAUGAUUUGAAAGCACACAUGAGAACACACACUGGUGAAAAACCUUUUGUCUGUUCAAUCUGUAUGAAAGGAUUUACACAAAAUACUCACUUGAAAACACACAUGACAACUCACACUGGUGAAAAGCCUUUUAUCUGUUCAAUCUGUGUUAAAGGUUUUGUACGAAAUUGUGUUUUGAAACGACACAUGAGAACACACACUGAAGAAGAACGUUUUAUCUGUUCAAUCUGUGGUAAAGGUUUUAUACAAAAUAGGGAUUUCAAAGCACACAUGUCAAUACACACUGGUAAAAAAUCGUUCUCCUGUUCAAUUUGUGCUAAAGGUUUUGUACGCAAAGAUCAGUUGAAAUUACACAUGAGAACACACACUGUUGAGGUAGUGUGAGUUGCAGUGUGUGAUGAAAGAUUCUCUUAAAAGUACCAGUGUAAGAAACAUGAGUGAGAACAUCAGCAGCAAAUGAAGCUGCAGGACUUUAAAUAAACUGUCAAAUCGUUGUUAACUUUGACUUCUGACAACAUCAUACCAUUCAUCAAGAAAUCACAGCCCUUCACUUUUUCCACAUUUUGUUUUGUUACAACUCCAAAUGGUAUACAUUUGUUUCAGUCCUCAGAAUUCU